UGUCGUCGGCAGCAGGCAAAGAGCCAGAGCGAGGCACCGAGCCGACGGCUGACCGCGGAGUGUGUGCGUAUCUAGUGCGUAUGCAACCGACCGUCUCAACAAACUAACCCCGGACCGAUAUAAGGAUAGAAAACAUGGCUGCGAACACGACGAUUGAAUAUUUCUACGAGGACGUUAUUUACCGCGUGGACAAGCGAGGUAACGUUGAGUUCGGCAUCGUCAUGGGAAACGACGACCCCGACUCAUCGGACGAAAGUUCGGACAACGAGGAGAGUCCGAAGCGGAAACAGGGAGAGAUCCACGCUGUCUGGCACCCCUCCGGCGUCGAGGAACUCGUCAAUUCUAAGAAGAUACAUCUGGCUGACAGAUCACUGAUGCCAGGUGACGUUGUACGUCGUAUGAUUAAGGGAAAGGACACGCAGAGAGGCUACUGUCGAGACAUUGAAUUAACCGCUUGUGUUCAAGUCAUUGGAACUAAACAAAUCUUGACUAAUGUUAAAAGUGAAGAUUUGGUGCCACUGGAGGAAUUUUCUACGGACAUAGCCGUGUGCAUGGAUUCUUGGGUCGGUGGAAUUAAGAUGGUCCAUUCAAAAUUAUGGCUGGCAAUGCCGGAUGGAUCACGUUGUGUGAUAAAUGAAAUAGAUGCCUGUGCUCUGGAACAGUUUGAAGAAAAGCGAGAAAAUGAUAACGAUUUUCCACAUUCCUCCGAAUUCUAUCCAGGUCAAAGCCUCUGGGGGCCAUUACAUUGUCUGGAAGACGCACAAUGGAUUUUGUGCACUAAGGAAUUAAAGGCAAAGAGAAAGUUGAAGCCGCAAAAAAUAACCAAAGUUGUUGUUGAGAAAAUAGAGACUGAUUCAAUAGGAGUUCACUGGCAGUGCAGAGCCUACUCCAAAGACGGAGCUGGCACGGAUCAGGUGCAACCAAAGUUUGUAGUGGAGGGUGAAGAUCUCAAAAAAUUAAAGCUCCUCAAUGUAUUUGAACCCUCGACACUACAAGUCGGGGAUCGUAACUUUUACACCGUUAAGGAAAAUGAAAAUGUAAUCAGCCGAGAACAGUGGAGAAAACAGCAAAGAGAAAUUUUCAACGUACCAAAGCAUGGCCCGCGGAAAUCCCGGGUAAACGUCAGCGUUACCAAACCUGUUGACAAUAAACCUAUAAUUCUGGAUCGUCAAACAUCCGAACGAUUGGAGGCUAAUUUGGCCAACAAUCCUGUCAACAAUUCGCACAGUUCCUUGGCAAACAACAGUUUAAUGCCACCACCUCAAAAUACCACUGCAGAAAGUUCCGAUGAUUGGGAUACAGAAGAUACAGGGUCACAAAGUGACACAGCUUCGGUAUCCAGCGGCUGUUCUAGCGUAGCGUCUAUGGGCAAAAAAAAGAGAGGACCUGCCCUGAUGACGAAGGUUCUGAAGAAAAAAAAGUUGUGCAAAGCAAAGAAGAAAGUUGCACCUGUUGCACUGAUACCUGGAACGAAAAUAGUCGUGGAAACUUUGUCGACGAGUACAAAAGCAAACGUAGUCUGGCAAGAUGGGUCCGUCGAAAUUGGUAUUCCUUCCACCCAGUUGUAUCCUAUACAUCACUUAGAUGACCAAGAAUUUUUCCCUGGUGACUUUGUCGUCGACCAAAAAGAGGAAUCAAGAAUGUAUGGCGUCGUACAGAGCGUCGAUCAUCAAGGCAGAACGGCUAAAGUAAAAUGGUUCAGAACAUACACUUCAAGCCAAAGUCCUCAGCCAACGAUGUUACAAGAACGCGAGGUCAGUGUUUACGAUCUGAAAGAUCAUCCUGACUUCCAGUACAGACCUGGUACCUUAGUUAUUCGUAUAGCGAACUUCGAAGGCGAAGAUGCUGGAUGUACAGCUGGGCAGAUAUUAGAUAAUUAUCCAGAAGGUCGAGUCAAGGUCUGGUGGGCCGAUGGUCACGUCAGUAUGUGUUGGCCCCAAGACUUAUAUAAGGUUGGGGAAUACGAUAGUGACGAGGGAGAGCUCUGGGACGACGUAUCAUCAGAAGCCUCAUGGGAAACUGAAUCUGAAGAUUGCGUUAUUGCUGAUCCAGACGGUACAGAGCAAACAGAGAACAUAAAACCAAAGCUAGCUGCUCACAUUGAAAAGGCGAGAAUUGCAAUGUCUCGACUGGAAGAGAUUUUCACCCAGAACCCAUCUUUACAAACAACUGAGGUGAUGAGGAGACUCCUUGAAGUUUACAAAGAUUGCAGGUACAUGGACAAGCUGAUGGGGACAUCGUUCUUUCACGAAAGCCAUUUCCAAGGACUUUUGGAACGCGUCCGAGAACGAGGCAGAGCUAAUGUGGCUCAGAGAAUGGCCGACCAAGUAACCAGACUGUUUACGCAUCAAUCAGGAGGAUCCGAAACUGACGCCGAGCAGGAUAACAUUGAAAAUACGAACAUAACGAAUACGAACAACCUUCAGACGAGCAAUAGCACUUUGAAAACCAAAAGUACAACUGUGAACGAGGUGGCAAUAUCACCUGGUAGCCAAGAUAGUACUGCCAAGAAACAAUCGAGUAAAGAGGAAGAGGAUGAGAUUAAUCAACUAUUUAUUGAUAUUAACCCAAAUCCCGAAGAUUCCGGAUUAUUUUCUGCAGAAAACUCUAAAAAAGAGUCAGGCUCAAGUGAAUCUAGCGGAGAAUUCCUUCUCAGCGAAGAUGUUAACAACGUGGCGGAUCGCUCGCCAGGUAUGGAAAAAACUGAACAAAUAAAAGACGAGAGCAUGGAGAAAGCGAUGGCAAGAUCUGAAGAAAACGUCGCUAGUUCUCACGUUUGCGUAAAAUUAUGUACUCUGAUAAAGGCUCAACUGGUGCAAGCUCACGCAGAGGUUUCCAAGAGGUUUGGCUUGUCAAAAAUGUCUCUCUCAGAUGCCGCGAAUAAUUCAUCCCCGCAGAAAAAACCGAAAGAAGAAGAAGACAAGCCGAUUCCGCCUCUCUCAGAACCCUCCGAAAUUUCGAUUGAAAUACCACCGCCAGUUUACACAGAAGGCGAAGGCUUCUCAAUUGAAGACACUGCUCCUGAUAGCCAUAAAUUCAAAUUGACAAUGUUUCAACCGACAGACCCCUCGAAUUUCUUCAGAACUGUUUCCAAGGAGUUGAAGCUACUGAGAAACUCGUUGCCCCCAGGUAUUUGGGUCAAAGGAUUUGAAGACAGGAUGGAUUUGUAUUCUGUAAUGAUUCGCGGGCCCGAGAAGACGCCUUACGAAGAUGGUCUCUUUUUAUUCGACUUUCAACUGUCCGCCGAUUAUCCGGCAGCUCCUCCCUUGUGUCACUACAUUUCUUACUGUAGCGAUAGACUAAACCCAAACUUGUAUGAAGAUGGUAAAGUGUGCGUUAGUCUUUUAGGGACUUGGGCAGGACGUGGGACAGAAAUAUGGACCAGCUCAUCGACUCUGCUGCAAGUUAUCGUUUCGAUUCAAGGUCUGAUCCUUGUUUCUGAGCCCUAUUUUAACGAAGCUGGUUAUGAAAAGCAGAAAGGAUCUCAACAAGGCCGUGAAAAUUCUAGAAUGUACAAUGAGAUGGUUGUUCUGAAGCUCGUUCAAGCCCAGACAAAACUUCUUCAACAUCCACCACUAGUAUUCAAAGAAACGAUUAUACAACAUUUCAAAAGACAUGCAAAAAAGUUACUCCAGCGCCUUGAUCUGUGGAUGGAAAUAUCUGAGCAACACAAUAGCCAGCAUCCAUUGUCACCGAUCACACCUACAACGUUCAAAGAGAUAGCCAACUGUGAUGAAAAAAUUCUUCCUGAAUUUCCUCUGAUCCCUGCAUCACGUGGAUUCUGCAUCACAUUGCGAAAAACUUUAGCAACUUUCAAAGAGGUACUUGCAAAAGAGGGAAUAAUGAGCAGACCUCCGAGUCAGUCAAACAGCGGAAAUACAAUGGAGUUGAAAAUUACCGCAAGCGAAGUGAAUGAUGGGGAAAACAUACGUGGUGUAAAAUCGGAUACUGUGAUUAAACAGGCUAACGUGAAGGCAACAACAAACGGCACUAAAGAAGUAAAAAAGGUCAUAUCGAAUGAUCAGUGCAGUAAGGAAAAUUCGCUAAAAAAAUCUGAGAUCAUGUCGACGAGUAUUUCUGCGACUGCUGUCAGCGAGACGAAAAAAACUACAUCCGAGCGUAAUACCAGCUAGCCUCAAGGUAAAUCUAAAUCUUUAGCUUAUAAAAAUUACACAAUUAUUCGGUAAUAUAUUAAUUAAAUGAAUAAUUAUUCUUGAAAUCCGUAUGUUUAUAGUAUCUAUUUAUCAAAUGCUAAAUAUCGUUAUCGAUGCUGUGGUUAUAGUUAUGCCGCUAAACUUUAAGUGGGUAAUUAGGAAAUUGACUGUAUUUAGUACCUUGAUUCAACUCAUAAUACAUGACAAUUUGCGAUCUGUAAUAAUUUCGGUUAUUUUGUGAAAUAAGGCGUGUAAAAGGCAACGUGCGUUGUUUAUUUAUAUAUUUUGUUUUACCAUCCUUCGAGUUUGUAGACAAAUGAAAGAACAAACUGCACGGAAAUCGACCGAAGAGUUAAAGGACACAAAGACGGGUUAAUUCUCAAGUAUUUAUCAUAAAGUCUGCCGUUGUCAUGGAAUUUUCGGAAUAUACUAACGGAGAUAAAUAUUAUGCUACGAAUCUCUGUCGCCAGUAACUCUUGCAAUGAUAUCAUACAACAUUGAGUAUUUCUACGAAAGGUUGUUCGCAAAAUUUAGACGCUAAUCGAAAGUUUCAAAUAUGAUUAGCUAUACGAAAAUAAUAUUAACUCUAGAAAGAAAUUAUACCGCAAUAUGCAGAGCUAACAAGUUGAUUGAAUAAUAUGAUAGCUAUUGAAACGCUAGAACGUAUGUGAAUAUAUUAUUAAAUUAUAGAACACCGACUCUAAUUCUUCUAUUUCAGUCAGUCAUAUGCAAUCAUAUGCCAUCCACUAAUAUAUGAUAUUAUAAAUAAAAUGAUUAGAGGUAGGCUAGUCUAGUAAAACAUUGAGGUAGAAACUUAUUGGAAGAAAAAAAAGUUUAAUCAUUAUUAGAGUCUAGAAAGAAAUAAAGACUAGACACUCUUCAUUGAAGCAUCAAGGUUUCUUUUCUCUCUAUGUAAUUGCCAUUCUCAAACGAAUAGGAGGACAAAAUGCAGGUUGUCUUUUCCAUAAAUGAAACCACUAUUUAAUAUUGCGUUAAAAUCAUCCACCGUGACUAUAUUAUAAGUUUAACAUUUAGAUACUUAAAAAUUGCUUUAAAUUGUUGUACUAUUCACGAUUAUCAAUUACGUACAUUCACGAUAUUACUUCAGUAUUAUUGAGAUACCCAUGUAUUAUUUUACGAUGUCAUUUUCAUUCAAGAGUUGCGCACCUGUAAAUGUGUCGUUAUUUUUUUGUUUAUUUAUUUCAUAUUUUUAUAUUUCUAAACAUUGUUCUGUAUCGAUAAAUCUUUCCCGCACCCUGUACAGGUUGUAAUUUGUUUCUUCUAGUUGUACGAUUUAGUUAUUUCCUGUUGCUAUAAAUCCUAUAUUACACAUAUAUUAUAUGUAAACGUAAUAUUAUCUAACAUGAGAUGGUCUCAGAGGAUAAAACUUUCUGCUCAGUGGUGAAAACUAUAUUUUCAAGUUAGGGUAUAAUUUAGUGUAAUCGGUUUCGUUCGCAUUUGUAGAUAUAUGUUUAAUUUAGCACAGCUUAAACACUGAUUUGCCCCUUCUAAGGGAAAAAUCAGAUUGAAAAUAUGUAUAGAGCAAGUUGUUGAUGAUACAAAAAAAAAGUUUAAAAGGAAAACUUGACUCUAGCAAACUAAAGGACAUCAUGCUUUUUUAAUGAUACUGUGAUUGACGAAUUAAUUUGUUGUUGUAAAUUUGCUAUAAAGUUAUUUAUGUACGUAUAUCACGCCCAGCUUUACAGUAGUUCAAAGACAAACUUUUUCUGUAACUAUCAUUUGUCAGCUGUCAUAGUGGUGUGGUGUUCCUACAUUAUCAUUAUUUUCGUCAAGAGAGGAAUGUCAACAAUAAAUUGAAGACAGUUCAUUUGUUUUACUAUAUGAAAUUAUAUAAGAACUACACACAAUUCCAAAGAUCCUAAAAUUAUUACUUCGUCUUAACUCAAGCCCCCCCUAAGAUUCUUUGAAUCUAUAAACAGAUGAACAGAUUCUGUAAGAAGCCUCAAACUUUUCUACUUCUGUCAACUAUCGAUGGUGCUGUUUAUUAAAAGAUAAAAGGAAAAACGAACUUUGAG